UCACUCUCUCUUUGUGCUUGAAAAAUAAGAUGAAACAAGAUUCAUUUUCAGUCAUUCACCUUAAAGCUGCAGCAGUUAUUUAGGAGGUCAAAGAUACAGAGAAUCACAUGAUGUUGAUAAGAUACUGCGACAGCACCAAGGUGCUCUCUGCAUUAAAAACAUUUACUGCGAAAAUUACUGAUGCUUUAUGCUCUCAGUAUUUACCAUAUCAGUUGCAUUAACUCCAUGUAAAUGCAUUGCUAAAAUCUUUUAUAUGCAUAAGUAAAUGAAAUUCUUGCAUCCACCUCCACUAUAAUAAACAUUUCUCAUGCACUAGGUCAUUUUCUGCAAGUGUUCAUAAUUAUUAGCUCAAGAUGGGUUCCGUAUACUAACUUGCUAUGACUUGUUUAUCAUUAGUACAAAUUUAAUCCAAAGUGAAAGUAACACUAAGAAAUACAACACCCACUUCCCUGUAAAUGUUUGGUUAUAGUGAAUGUGCCAUGUGCAGGUAUUUGGUCGGCAUAACUCAACCAUGCAGGCAAGAUCAUGGCGGCUCAUAAAUGCGCUGCAGAGCCUUGCUAUAGUCUCUCACACAAAACCAAUAAUAGAUCUUUUAUUUGAAAAUUUAAAUAUUUCUUCAUCCUCUAACUGUGUGUUAAGCGCUUACUCAUGAGGUGGAAAUUAAUUUACGGUACAACAGAGCCUGCCUGACCUGAUCUGAUGAAUAGGAUUUUUUCUUUGUAAAACGGUCAGAAAAGGAAAUAAACUGAGGAAAGAAAAAUGUUCCAGAAAAAUCUGUCAAGGUUUGAAGCUAAUAAGACAUCAACUCAGAACUGACUAUUCAUUCUGAUUUAAUUCUCUGAGGCUUUUUUAAACUAAAGAAUGGGUUUCUGCAUAAAGAAGUCUCCUGGUAAAGUCAAGCUUCUAUUCAGUAAAACAAAUCAGGGUAUCAUGAUGAAAGCAUGAUGUCAGGAAGCAGUGUGUGGACCAUGAAAAAAGAUUUCUGAACAUUUGUCUCUCGGGUUCAUCUGCUACGGGGUCCUUUACUCUACUUGCAGAAGAAAUAUCAAAGGAUUGCACAUGGCUCAAAAUGCAGCUUCCAGACAUUUAUCUGCUGAAAGAAUCAGCAGCACCAUGUUUUGCUGCCAUUCACUGGAUACUUGUUGGUUUUAAAAUUGAUGUUAAGAGGUGAACUGUCUUGUUGUUACUUAUAUACCAUACCAUAUUUAUUUAUAAAGCACCAUUUCAAAAUAGCAUGGCAGCUAACCAAAGUGCAAUCUGCGAAUCCAUCGUGAACCCGACUGCUGCUUCAGAUCUCCUGUAGAGCUGCAAAGCUGAUUGAGCCUUUGUUGUUUGGGAUUUUUAGCAGUUUAAAAGAAAAUCUGGCAGAUAUCCUGCAUGCAAAUUGUCCAUUUGCAAAAAGUUUUAGACAGUUUUCUUUAUACUUAACACUUUCUGAAUUCACAAUUUUUUCUUUGCACAUUUCAUUGUUUCACUUUUCUAGUAUUUAUCAAUUUACUAAAUUGUCACGUAUCCUUUAAAAACAAUUAGGUUGAGAAACUUUUGUUAAAAGUGAAACUACACAGAAGAACAAGUUUUAGAGGGAUAUUCCACCCAAAAGGGAAGUUUUGUCUGUUGACAUAUUUCCCUGAGUUAGAUAAGUGGUGAAGUUUAUUUUAACCAUCCCAGUCAUUCUCAUGACCGGGCAGUCCUCCUUUAGCUUUAGCUUAGCAUGAAACACAGUAAGUGAAUGGGACCAGCUAGCAUUGUGAGAAAAAAGUCCUUAAAACACUCAGUAGUGAUACUAGUUCUGCUUUUUGACCUAAAUAAUUAUGUCAGCUGCAUCUGAAAAUAAAAAGUAACACAAAGGAACACCAGGCGACAUUUUAGACUUAAUGACAAAACACAGCAAAGAUCAUCACACAGUGGCCCCAAAGACACUUACUUUCGUGAACACAUCCGACAGAGGCACAAGCUGCACAGAGAUUAUCAACACUAGUUUGAGUAAGUCACAUUUGUAAGUUGAGAAAAAGUAUCAUGGUUUGGGUUGUCAUGUCAACUGCAGAAAUUUACUGCUGUAAUUUGUCAUAAAGUUGUCCCAAGUCUAAAAUAACACCUGUAAUUUCUUUGUGUUGCUUUUUAAUUUCACAUGCAGUCAGUAUGAUUAUUUAGGUCACCAAGCAGAAUUUGUAUCACUAGUGAUUUUCUUUUCUCACAGUGCUUGUUGGUCCCAUUCACUCACUGUGUUUUAUUCAAGUUUAUUCAAUUCAAGUUUAUUUAUAUAGCGCCAAAUCACGACAAGAGUCAUCUCAAGGCACUUCACAUAAUAAGUUAAGUUAAAGGAGUAAAGGAGUAAAGCCUGGUCAAGAGAAUGACUGGGCUGGUUACAAAUAGCUUUUUCCAAUGCUAUUUAACUCUGGGAAAUAUGUUAGCAGACAAAAUUUCACUUUGGGUGGAAUAUCCCUUUAAGAUGAGCGUUAUAUAUUUUUCUUAAGUUCAAGAAACUCCAGUCCAUUUUGAGCCCAAGUUUCUUGUAAACUUCUAAAACUGAUUUAGAUCACUUCUCAUAAAACUGUUUCUUUUUCCGGUAAUUUUUACAUUUACACCAACUGGAAACGCAACCCUGCACGUGAUGAUCAUGUGACGUGCUGCAGCUAAAACAGAUCUUGUGGUAAGAAGACAUUUUACUCUGACACAGACAUGUGUAUUAGAAAAAUAUAGAAGCAUUUUGAUGUGAUGAAUGCCAGUUGUGCUCCAAGAGGGGAAGUGACCUAAUUUCCUAAAUUACCGUCUGACAGCAUAUUUAUCCUUCCAAAUAAUAAAUUAAAGGAUAUUUAUCUUUAGUGCGUAGUAUGUAGUUGUUAAUGAGUGACAAACAGGAUAAUAGCAGAGCAACGCCUAAAAAAAUGAUGAUUUCAGUUAGGAAGGGCUGCAGGAUCAUGCUAAUGUUUAUUUUAAAGACUAAACUUUGAUGAGAGGUGAUCUAAGGCAUGAUCUUGCAUCUGCAGGCACAAAAACGGGCCAAACCGCCCCCAUCUUGAUCUUUAGUCUGCAUGUGCUAAUCAGGUCAUCUUCACCGCAUCAGGACAGGAGGUUUAAGUAAUAACGUGGCUCCUAUUCUUUCCUUCGCUGUUGCCCUCCAGACACGCAGCCAAGCGAAAGGUGCACAAGCCAACAAAACACUGUGGCCUAAGUGCUGCACAGGCUGACAUUUCUAACACACACAUCCAUAUACAGACGUGUGUGAUUAUGUACAGGCAUGUAGAGAGAUGCAACUCUUUUGAAGGCUGCAAUCUUUUCUUUUUUAUUUUUAGUUGUGCAUACAAAGAUCUGCCUAAAGAGUCCUGAAAAUUUCAUGGGAUGAGACGCCAAAUGCUCACCACUGUGUCUCAGCAUGAAUGAGAUCAUGCAUUUAUUUUCCUAAAGGUACAAUCUAAAGUUUUGUGCAUGUUAUAGCCUCAUUUUAGUUGUAAUUUUCUUACUGUUGGCGAUUUAGAGUGUGAACAAUGACUUUGUCCUGUUUUUGGUGCUUUUAGAGCUCAAAAUUUGAAACGAAGGGUUCCUAAAACAAUCACACCAACUUGUUUACUUAAUUUGAGCUAUUUACAGUUAAUUGGGUCUUGAUUAUCACAAUAAAAACACAUUUUUGUAAAAAAAAAUAUGUGGUCAAUUAUCCCUGUCUGGGAAUGAACUGGGUCACAUGCACUCUGGAGGCCAUAAAUAUCCAUUAGGGCACUAACAUUCUUGUGUCAUGAGUUCAACCAAGUUUAGGUUUACUUCUCUUUAAAUAAUGAAAGGUAAAAUGAUUACCUAACUGUUGAAAACAGAACUGAUGCUUUUAGGUUUGGUUUAAUUGUUGUUCUGACUCUCUCUGUCCUCCAAGUGAGAUCUUGUAAUUCAUAUAAAUAUGUAAGAUAAAGUCUUCCCAGCUGUGUUUCAACUGGAACAACAAUCCUCCCCUGCAGCUGAGGCUUGGCUGUUCAUCCUCCUGCUGGGAUGGAAGGAUCUCCUUCAUCUUCCUCUGCUGUUAUCUUAAUUGUAGAUGUAGUUUUUUUUUUACUACUCAUUGUUUUCAAGGCUCCAAAUGUUUUCUUUCAAAACAAACGCCUGGCUGCUUUCAGUCACAGUGGACAGACAUCUGCAGCUCAAGCAGUUUUAGACAGAGAGGAAACGACAGCGUUUCUCUCUUCCCACCUGAUUUUGUGAUCAUAUGUUUUGCUUUCUUUGAAUUUAAAGAAAAAGAAUUGAGAAUUUUAUGAGAACAUAAAAUAAAACGAAGCAUUUUUUCUUAUUUUGCUUGAUUUCAGAUAAAAAUCUGAGAAAAGUUUAGUCAGAAAAGAUAAAGAGGAAAAUUUAGGAACAGUAAAAAAAUGGUUUGUGCUAAGGUAGUGGCUCUCUACUCCCCUGUCUGUGUAUGCUGGAAACCCCACCUCCCUCAGAGUUUCUCUUCAGACCCCUCCCUUCUACUUUUCGCUCAGUCUCUGGCUGAGGAAUCCCAGGCAGCGUUUAAUUGCAGAAUGCAAAGACUUGAGUUAGGCUAAUGAGCUCAGCACUGGCGCUCGGACUCCUCCACGCACCCUCUGAAAAAACAGAAUACCACAUGGAGUCCCUUACCCAAAGAGCCUCACAAAGCGGCUGGAUUUCAGGUGGUGGCAAAGGCAGGAAUCCUCAAAUCCAGGUACAGUCGACUAUUUGAGAGAAUCUACCAGAGGCAGAAGACGUAAGAGGUGGAGAAAGAGAGGAGAGCGGGAGAGGGGAGGAGAGGGGAGGAGAGGGGAGGAGAGGGGAGGAGACGGGAAACCCACUGCCAGAGAGCCAGAGCAAAGGGAGAGACUGGACGCCUGCAGCAGCAAAUGAGACAGAACAACGAGGCGGGAGAGGUAGAAAGAGAGACAGAGAGGGAGGGAGGUGGAGAGGGGCCCUGUGUUGGAGAGAGGGCUACAGGGUGAGGAAGAAGGAGAAGAAGGGGGGAGAAAAAGUUAGACAAAGUAAGGGAAAGAGGGUCUGAGGAAAGUACGCAUGUAAGAUUAACAGCUACAGCAGAGAAGAAAAGGGGGAACAACAGACAGGAAGGAAGGGGAGGGAGAAGUCUUGAGUAGAAAGUACCAAAAAGCCAGAGAAAAGUUUUCUUGUGGGAAGACGCAGAUGAGGAAAGCAGCGAGUGGAUGACUGGGCUGGAGAGCACUCGGAGAGGUGGAAACAAGUUGUUUUCUGAGGCGUUUUCUGCACAAGUCUCCAGGCAUCUUUGGAUAUGUACACAGAAGGUUCACAAACAACGGGACACCACCGAUUCCUUCACAACACCCACACCCCCUGCUCCUGCCAGCCCUGCAUCUACCAUGAGCAGCCAAACAAGUACCAGCGAGGGUCCGGAUACCACCCUGCAUCAGCCAGACAGACGGACCACUCAUCUGCAGACUGCUGGAGAGACAUCCAGGCUCCUCGGGUCAAAGACGCAGGAGGCAGGGCUUUCCUAGUGGACCGAGUUGAGAGAAGCGGUCAUCUCAGCCCACAGAGGAGGCCUGUGUUUGCUGGGCCGGGCCUUCACAGCCACUCUGAUGACUUAAACCAAGUCUGCCCCUGGGAAUUGAACCCUGCCCAGUGGAGCGACCUGACGGAGCCUGGGGUGAGAUGCUAUUCAAGCGUGAAAGAACAGUGUGGCUGUGUGAUGCACGGCAACAGGACACACCCCGUACACUCUGGGAUACCACACCCUCUCCCUCAUCUUCAGGUCAAAGGUCAAGGGUACAGGAGGGAAAAGAUUGUCAGGUAUAUCUCGGUAGAUGACGAGGAAGGCUGCAGAUGCACUUUGGACAGCUAUCAUUUAGAGCCACACAUCAACUCUCCACCAGGUUAUUUUCCCAUGACAAAUGGCCACUGUGGUCCGAGGGGUGUGGUCUUUGAGGAAGAGGAGGAAGGAGAUGACUAUCAGGACCAGGGCAAGCUGAAGGGUGGAUCAGAGGAUGAUCUUAAUCACUGCAGUGGGUCUGAUAAAAGCUUCUUCUCAACCGAAGUCCCACAAAAGCACUUGAGUCGAACACGACGAAAAGAAUCCUGCAUUCCUCUGUCCAACAACACCUGUUCGGAAACCUCCAAGUCAACGACCAGCAGCGAGCAUCAGCACCAGGGCUCGAAGGUGACGACGCAGGGGAGGAAGCAGGACACAGUGAGAGAUCAAAUCCGGCAAGUCGUAACGAAUCUGGAGGAAGUGUUGGGGGGUUUGAAGCAAGUUCACGUGGAGAUGAAAGAGGUGGUUGAGCAGAUUGAUCGCCUCACAGCAAAUAUCGACCUCAGCAAGGAGGAGGCGGCAUGCAUCACCAAUGGGUCAACCAAUGACGUUCAUGACUGGAGCUGGAGUCAUCAAGGGGACUUCAGGGUGGCCCCUUUCGUCUAUCACAACCCUGCUUCAUUUAAAGGCUCCCAGCUUGCUGAAGAAGGCUGCAUCAUCCUCAGGACCAACUCUGUCUCCCCGGUCCACAUGGCUUCUGUUGUCAAAACCAGCCGUGUCACCCCAUCCGGUCUCCAUAAUGACGUCAACCACAAGAAACCGAGUGUGAAUGGCCACCCGCCUCAUCUUUGCUCCACAGGAGAGCCGGACCACACCAGUUAUAUUCGUCCACGAACCCUGGACCCAAAAGUCAUCAUAGGGAACAGCACUUCCAGUUCAAGAACUCAAAAACCUCCACCUUACCCCCAAAAUGGCCGGUGUGGGAAGGGCCAAAACCUGCCGCACAAACCUGUGAGAACCCCUGCCUACCCUGUGAGAGGACGCCAGAGUACCAGCAUGGUGUGAAGGAGGUGGGGGGGUGUCGUACCCAGUGACAAGGCCCUGCUGCAGAGAGCAGAGCGGAGAGAGCGACCAGGCAGGGGAGCAACUCACACAGGAGCUGAUGCCACUGAGACGAGCGCUCAGCUGGUGGAAACAGAUCACGGCCUGAAGGUGGGGAUAUUUCCAAAGAGAAAAAACUCCCCCAAGCGUUGACCUGCAGCUGCUUUCUCACAGGAACGCGGACGUGUGAAGAAGAAUUCAAAGCUGGAUACUUUAGUAAUUUAUAAAGAAAUAAUAAACCGCAAACUGUUACUCAGCAACCAACAACCUAAAGACGUAUUUUCAUGCCAAAUUUAUUUAUUUUUUCCUGUUUUCAUCUAAAUUAUAUAUUUGUAGGCAUUUAAAAAAAUCUAAGAUUUUAUCCUAACAGCUGUAAUAUAUUUUUAUAUAAACUGUUUAUAUUCCUUUAUAACAAUGUUGUUCCAAUAAAUAAUUGCAUUAUCAUGAAUGCUGUUGCACUUUCUCACAUACCGGUAAGUCCAGCUGGCUUCUCAGUGAUCCAAUCCAUGAAAUGCUUCAUGGAUUAUUGAAUAACUUGCGUGAAACAGAAUAAAGAAAUCCCACCAGCAUUUCAUCACACUUGAGUCUGGAGCGUUAUUAGAUGCAAGGCUUCCUCAGCUGAUCUGGAGGCAAUGGUGUGUGGUCUCCCUCUGCUGUUGUGUCCAAGGCCAGCCAGACCAGAGUCUGCCUCACUGUUUGUUUAAAUCUUGUCUGAGAAUUUCACCACUUUCUUCUCAUCAACAUCUGCAGCUGUCGGAGCCAAAAUCACUAUUUUUUUUUGUUGUUGCAAAGAAUCCCUUCCUUCCUUUUUGAAAUGAGUCUAAUAGACACAAUCUCUCUGCAGUUGAGAUUUGUGGUUAACUGUGUGAAAGAUGUUACAGCUGGUUGAUGAACAAGCAAAUGCAUUAUAUUGUUACCAGGUUGAGUAAAGAAAAAAAUGACUUUUAAAACAUAGAAAACUGAAUUGAUCUGCAGAAUAUUUUAUUUCAUAAAUCCCUAAUAGAAAUAGAAAUAAAGUGCUCAUCAGUUACAUUUGUUUUAUGUGCAUAACUAUUACAAUUAUUUUUGUGCACUUCAUCUUGUUUAAAGCUUCAAAGCUUUAUGAUCAUAUGUCAGAUAAUAUAUUAGAAAUUCAAACCAAGAUCAACACUUGUAAACAUUUCUUUCAUUAAAAAAGGAAAGAAAAGAACAAGCGCAUGGAUAUUUUCAUUGCUAGAUGAAUCAGUGAUUCUUCAGUUUGAUUUUUCUUUGCGUUUUAGGCUCCAGAUGGGAAAAUUUCUCAAAGAUAAACAACUCUAGCAGUCUUUGUCUGAGAUGUGGCCAUAACAGUUAGGUGCUAAUUGGGUCAAGAGGCCUAAGAAAACAUGGAGGCAAGUAGAGAAAGAGACAUUUGCAAAUUUCACAUGAUGAAUUAGGCGAUGAAAUCAUCUGAUGGCAGCACUUUGUGGGUUAGCAUGUAUUAUGUGAUGAAAACAGAAGUUGCAGGUGGUCACUAUAUCUGUGGAUCUCUUCCAUUUCAGUCUGGUUCUUUUCUGAUGGUGAUAAAGAAAGAGUUUUCAAGACAAACCUACUGUUCAUGUUUGUGUCACAAUUUGAAAUAAAGAUGCAUGAAGUUUC